GAUCUACAACAACGUCCUCCGUUAGUUUCCAUUUUCCGAAUUUUUUUGAGCUUCACUCUCCUCUAUACCUAUAUACAUAGACACAUAUAUAUAUAUAUACACAAGAGGAUGAAAUUUAAGAUAUUAUGUGCUCGAUUGUCUCAUCCUCUUGUAUUUUGCAGAAAUUUGUUUCUGGGCUCAAUUCAAUCUCUAAGUGAAAUUUUCUAAUUCGAUAUCCAAGGUUGUAUUUUUGAAUCAAAUGAAUUGUUUUUCUGAAUUAAAUUUCCGCAUCACAGGUGCUUCUUCUUCGUUUUUCUUCUUCCCCUUGUGGUGAAGCUCCUUCGGUUUGAUUUGUUUCCCGGUUCAGUCAAACCGGUCUAACCCUGUGCGGUUCAACCAGAGUUGGUCCAACAGAUGCACGGUUGGCCAUCGCGAGAGCCUAAUCUGUACUUGCUUUAUAACUACGCUUUUGUUAAUUUUGUGUGUACAUACUUUUCAAAGUAUUGACGGGAAUAAAUAAAUAAACAUUAACAUAUUCUUUGUGUGGGUUAGUGGUUUUGUCUCAAUCUGAUAAAUUUGUAGAAGAAAAGACUGAAAAAACUUCUCUACCAUACAGUCUUCUCUUAAUCGGGUCGUUGUUGGCGAUUUAGCACCUGUGUUUUCUAUUUCUGUUGUUAACUGGUUCGUCUUCAAGUUAUACAUAUAUAUAUAUAUAUGAGAUUAAUAUUGAAAGAAUAGUUAAUUUUGUUAGUAUUUGAGCUGAAUUUGAAGGGAAAUUGUGAUUAUUUGGUUGUUAUUAGAUCAGGUGGUUAUGGAUACCAAUAACUGGAGGCCUGCACAAGGUGGUGAACCACCGCUGGAUGCAGGCGAUUGGAGGACUCAGCUACAAGCAGAUUCGCGACAAAGGAUUGUCAACAAGAUAAUGGAGACUUUGAAGAGGCAUCUUCCCUUUUCUGGACAAGAGGGACUACAAGAACUUAAGAAAAUUGCUGUUAGGUUUGAGGAAAAGAUCUAUACUGCUGCAACAAGUCAGUCUGAUUAUUUGAGAAAAAUAUCUCUGAAAAUGCUGACGAUGGAGAACAAAUCGCAAAAUACUAUGGCUACUCCUCUUACGUCCAACCCUUCCACUAAUAGCAAAAAUCCUCCAGAUCCAGCAUCUCACAGCAUGCAGUCCCAAGUUAACAACCAAGGGCAACCACUUCCUAUUCCAAUGGCGUCCAAUCAGGCUCAAGUACGCCAACAGCUAUUAUCCCAGAAUAAUAUGGCAGCAACUGGAGUACAAGGUUCCGCAAGUUUGACACCUGCACUACCUCCUGUUACCAGUCUAAAUCAAACCACCAUGUCAAAUGCUGUUGGUCAGAAUUCCAACUUGCAGAACAUUCAAAAUAUCUCUGGGGUUUCACAGAACUCAGUAGGAAAUUCAAUGGGGCAAGGGGUUCCUUCUAAUAUUUAUGCCAAUUCUCAGAGGCAAAUGCAAGGAAGGCAGCAAGUUGUUCCCCACCAGCAACAGCAGCAGUCUCAGAAUCCACAACAUUAUCUUUACCAGCAACAGUUGCAGCAGCAGCUUUUGAAGCCGAAAUUCCCACAGGGGAAUAGCACACAUUCACUCAUGCAAUCUCACAUACAGCAGCAGCAGCAGCAACAACAACAAAACCUAUUACAAUCAACUCAGUUGCAGUCUUCUCAACAAUCUGUUAUGCAGCAUUCUGUCAUGCAAUCAGCUCCACUAUCUAACCUUCAACAGAAUCAGCAGACUUCUGUUCAACAGUCAACACAACCUGUGCUUCAGCAACAUCCACAAGCAAAUUUCAGGCAACAACAACAACCACAACAGGGUCCCAUUAUUCAUCAACAGCAAACGGCGGUGCAGCAGCAGCAGUCAAUGUUGCCAACACAACAGCAGCAGCAGCUAAUGGGUCAGCAGCCAAAUGCUACAAACAUGCAACAGAACCAGCUACUUGGUCAACAAAACAGCAUUCCUGACAUGCAGCAGCAACAACAGCAGCAGCAUCAGCAGCAGCAGCAGCAGCAGCGUUUUCUGGGUCAGCAGAAUAAUCUUUCGAACCUGCAGCGGCAACAACAGUUAAUGAAUCAGCAAAACAACCUCUCAAACAUGCAUCAACAGCAGUUGGGCCCUCAAAGUAAUGUUGCUUCACUACAGCAGCAGCAGCAGCAGCAACAAUUACUAGGCACUCAGUCGGGUAACUCUAGCAUGCAGACUAAUCAGCACUCAGUGCAUAUGAUGCAACAAUCUAAGGUUCCAGUGCAGCAACAAACCCAGCAAAAUUUGACUACACUGUUGCCAAACCAGGGUCAACAAUCACAAGCACGGCCACUGCAGCAGCAAUUGAUAUCACAGAUUCAAUCACAGUCUGGACAAAUUCAACAGCAAUUAGGUUUGCAACAGCAGCCAACUCCAUUACAGCAAGAUAUGCAGCAGAGGCUACAAACAUCAGGUCCCUUGCUUCAGACGCACAAUGUGGUUGAUCAGCAGAAGCAGCUAUUUCAAUCACAAAGAGCCAUGCCAGAGACGCCCACAACUUCUUUGGAUUCCACAGCUCAGACAGGAAAUGCUAACACUGGCGAUUGGCAGGAGGAGGUCUAUCAAAAGAUUAAAGCCAUGAAAGAGACGUACUUACCAGAACUGAGUGAAAUGUACCAGAAAAUUGCUGGAAAAUUGCAGCUGCAUGAUUCCCAUCCUCAGCAGCCAAAGAAUGAUCAACUUGACAAGCUCAAAAUUUUCAAGACUAUGUUGGAGAAAAUUAUAACAUUCUUACAAGUUCCAAAAAGCAAUAUUGUACCUGGUUACAAGGACAAGUUGGGUUCUUAUGAGAAACAAAUUAUCAAUUUUCUUAAUUCAAAUAGGCCCCGGAGGCCUGGUUCUGCACUUCAGCAAGGGCAGCAGCAACUUCCCCCACCUCAUAUGCAUUCCAUGCAGCAAACACAGCAGCCACAAUCUCAAAUUACUCAAGUGCAGCCACAUGAAAACCAAAUGAACCCCCAGAUGCAAUCAAUGAACUUACAGGGUUCUGUUGCAACAAUGCAACAAAACAACGUGGCGAAUUUGCAGCAUAAUUCGUUGUCUUAUUUAUCUGGGGUAUCAAGUGCAUCGCAGAGCAUGAUAAAUCCACUGCAGACUAUUUCCAGUAUAGAGUCAGGUCAAGGAAAUGCACUGAAUUCAUUACAGCAGGUUGCUGUGGGAUCUUUACAACAAAAUCCUGUGAGCGCUCCCCAGCAGGGAAAUGUUAACUCCUUAUCAUCACAGGGUGGGAUGACUGCGCUACAGCCGAACCUUACUCCUCUUCAAUCAAAUUCCAAUAUGCUUCAACAUCAACAUCUAAAACAACAGCAUGAACAGCAGACGCUACAGAGCCAACAAUUGAAACAGCAGUAUCAACAGCGCCAGAUGCAGCAACAAUUGAUGCAAAAACAACAGUUAAUGCAACAGAAGCAGCACCAACAGCAGCAGCACCAACAGCAGCAGCAAUUGCAUCAGCAAACUAAGCAUCAGCAACCUGCACAGAUGCAGGCACAAGAAAUGCCACAGCUUCAUCAGAUGAAUGAUGUAAAUGACUUAAAGAUGAGACAGCAGAUGGGUCCUAAAUCGGAAAUGCUUCAGCAACAUCACUCAGCAAGCCAGCGGUCAGCUUAUCACCAUCAACAGUUGAAGUCAGCUCCAUUCCCUAUUUCUUCCCCACAACUUCUACAGGCUGCAUCUCCUCAAAUUCCUCAGCAUCCUUCGCCGCAAAUUGACCAGCAAAAUCUUCUGUCAUCUCUUACAAAAGCUGGAACCCCUUUGCAAUCUGCAAAUUCACCCUUUGUUGUUCCAUCUCCUUCAACUCCCCUGGCUCCAUCCCCCAUGCCAGGGGAGUCUGAAAAAGUUAAUCCUGGCAUUUCAUCACUCUCCAAUGCUGUGAGUAAUGCACAUCAACAAACAACUGGUGCACUAGUGCCACCCCAAUCCCUUGCCAUUGGCACUCCUGGUAUAUCAGCCUCACCUUUGCUUGCAGAGUUCUCUAGUCCGGAUGGCAAUCAUGGUAAUGCCUCAGCUGUUGUUUCUGGCAAGUCAAGUGUUUCAGAACAGCCUCUUGAACGCUUAAUAAAAGUGGUAAAGUCAAUGUCACCAAGAGCAUUGAGUGCCUCAGUUAGUGACAUUGGCUCAGUUAUCAGUAUGAUUGACAGGAUAGCAGGAUCAGCUCCAGGUAAUGGAUCUAGAGCUGCAGUUGGUGAAGAUUUGGUUGCCAUGACAAAGUGUCGUCUACAGGCAAGAAAUUUCAUUACACAAGAUGUAACUACCGGAACAAGGAAAAUGAGGCGCCACACAAGUGCUAUGCCCUUAAAUGUUGUGUCAUCUGCUGGAAGCAUAAAUGAUAGUUUAAAACGGUUGGCUGGUUCAGAAGUGUCUGACUUAGAGUCGACUGCAACAUCUAGUGUCAAGAGGCCUAAAAUUGAGGCUAACCAUGCCCUUUUGGAAGAAAUAAGGGAGAUUAAUCAGCAACUUAUAGAUACAGUGGUAGAUAUCAGUGAUGAAGAUGUUGAUCUAACUGCAGCAGCAGCUGCUACUGAAGGUGGUGAAGGAACCAUUGUUAAGUGCUCUUUCAGUGCCGUGGCUCUCGGUCCAAACUUGAAGUCACAGUAUGCUUCUCCACAAAUGUCUCCAAUUCAGCCCUUACGAUUGCUUGUUCCCACAAAUUAUCCUAAUUGCUCCCCAAUACUUCUCGACAAGUUCCUGAUCGAAACUAGGGAGUACGAAGAUCUCUCGCUGAAGGCAAAGUCAAAGUUUAGCAUAUCCCUCCGAGGCCUUUCACAACCCAUGUCACUCGGGGACAUAGCAAAGACUUGGGAUGUUUGUGCACGCACAGUUAUUUCAGAAUUCGCGCAGCAGAGAGGUGGAGGGUGCUUCAGUUCAAAAUAUGGGACUUGGGAGGACUGCUUGAGCGCCGCGUGAUCAUUUUGGCUUUUACACAAACCUCCGAAAGGGUUAAUUUUUUGUUAGUCUUGAUGCUGAAUUCGUCAGUCACUGCCACUGCCACUGCCACUGCCACUGCCACUGCCACUGCCGUCAGCAGCCAAUAUGAUAGAACCAUGCAAUUUGUGGAAUUACUCAUGGAAGACAUUCUUUAACUCUUGUACAUGGCACUCUAUCUAUUACUGCUCAUUUGUAAGGCAUUUUGGUGGUACUCCUAAAACCAUAUGGUUUAGUUCAUCAAUCCGUGGGUGUACUCGUGUAUCACUUUAGGUUCUCUCAACUGGAAUGCUCUGGGUGUAUGUAUUAUGCAUGGUAGGAAAGUAUAUAAGCUGUUUGUAACAUGCCACACUAUGGAUAUAUGCUAGGUCUGCUUAUCAUUUAGUGUUCUUUUGAAA